AUGACUUCCACCAAUAGACCGAGGAAUCACCUUGUCACUGAUGCCACGCAGCCGUUUGACUUCACCUACCAACAAUACGGCAAGCCAGUCAAGAUAGUUGUCAACCAAACUCCUGAGGAAGAUACUUGGCCGGGAGGAGCACUGUGGGACAUUGGUGUGCUACUGUCGCAUGUCAUGGUGGGAAUCGCUUCGGGAACCGUUCUCCCCUCGCAGAAAACCGUCAAUCUACCCAAUCGCAUCUUUGAAGCAAUAGAAGCGACAAAUAGUAGCAACAAGGCUGAUUGGACUGUCUUGGAGUUGGGUUGUGGGGUCGGCCUAACUGGACUUGUCGCUGCCGCCGCUCUGGGGACACAGCUUACCAUUCUGACUGAUUUGGAAGUGGUGGUAGAUCAAGUCACGCAGCCGAACUUGGAAAUCAAUUCGAGUCUUUCCUCGGAGGGGAAAAAGAAACCCUAUCGACUCUUGAAUACUGGGAAACGUGGUCGAGCAAUGGCGCUUCCUCUGUGCUGGGGUAUCGAAGAGGACGAGGCCAACGUUGGGUCGAUGUUUCUCGAGCAUACCAAGUCGAGUCAGAAAUCAAGGAACACAAAGAAAACAAAAAAGAAGAAGGGACCAGCGGGAUCAAAUAUUGCAGAGAAUGACACCGAAGAUCUAAGCAAACCAUCCCUUAUCAUCAUUGGCGAUGUUGCAUACCAACACAAGCCUGGGGCACCGUCUCAUUUUGACGCGCUAAUGUCAACUCUUCUAAAGUUUUUGGGGCCAAAAACCCUUGUCAUUUUCGGCACUCGAAUGAGAAUGCCAGCGUCGGCAGACUUACUGGAAAUGUUUAACACACAUAUGGAAGAAUGUUGUGAACCAACCCAUGCCGAUGAGAUUGAUGCAUCCUUUGGAAAGUUCAAACACCAAAUAACAAUCCACAUGUUUCGGCAGCGCCGAUAG